AUGGACCAGCUACCAGACCUCGAAAUUCCUUUCUCCUCGGUAUCCGUCAAAAUCCGUAUCAUUGACACUACCACUCGCGUCGGAGAUAUUCCUUCGGAGCUCUUCAUGUCUCCGAUCUUCCAAGGUCUGGAACACCUCAAUUGUCCAGCCUACUCAUUCUUAAUCGAGCACCCUUCAAAUGGCAAACUGCUUUUCGAUCUCGGUGCUCGAAAAGAUUAUAUGAACUUGCCGCCGCCUGUGAGCAACAGGAUCAGGGAUGGCGGAUGGAAGGUCGAAGUGCAAAAAGGAGUUCGAGAGCAACUAGAAGAACAUGGAAUUGACGGGAAAGAUAUUGACGCAGUCAUUUGGAGCCAUUGGCACUGGGACCACAUCGGCGAUAUGUCAACAUUCGAUAAGCGUACUACACUUGUUGUAGGCCCUGGAUUCAAACAGAAUUUUAUACCGGCAUAUCCAACAAACCCAGAUUCGCCGCUACUUGAGUCCGAUUUUGAGGGUAGGGUACUACGCGAGAUUUCAUUUGAUACGGCCAAUGGACUGCAGCUGGGAGGUUUCAACGCUUUUGACUAUUUCGGCGAUGGUAGCUUCUUUUUGGUGGAUAGCCCGGGGCAUGCUAUAGGACACAUUAGUGCUCUUGCCCGGGUGACAUCUGAUAGCUUUGUCUUCAUGGGCGGAGAUGCAUGCCAUCACGGAGGACAAUUCAGGCCAUCGAGAUAUCUGGGUCUACCCUCCGUUCUGUUGCCAAACCCCUUUGAGAACCAGAGCGCCCUUGUAUAUCCUGGAGCCCUCUUCGAUCAUUUGUUGCCAGAUGGUGAUAAGAACAAGCCUUUUUUUACUGUUUCUAGUUCCACAGACGGAAACGGCGUUGCAACCGAUGCAAAUCAAGCGGUGGAGACAAUUAGGAAAAUCCAGGAAUUUGAUGCAAAUGACAAGAUAUUGGUUGUCAUGGCGCAUGAUGCAUCGCUGCUGGACGUGCUGGACUUUUUCCCGAAAUAUGUUGAUGGCUUUGUUGAAAAGGGUUGGGUCAAAGCUGGAAGAUGGGUGUUCCUGAAGGAUUUUAAAAGGGCUUUAAAAGAACAGCUCUGA